AUGUCAUCAAACAAGGAACGCAUAUUUGUUGUUGGAGCAACUGGAAGUAUUGGCAUUGGUAUUAUUCGUGGUCUGAUCAAAAAAGAAAUUCAAACAACAGCUUACGUACGAAAUGAACAAAAAGCAAAAAGUCUCUUCGAAGAUGAACUAAAAACUGGUUAUCUUACGCUCAUUGUUGGAACUUACGAAACAAUUGAUGUAUUCUCAGAAGCAAUUCAAAAACAUACCCGUCUGUUUCUUCUUGUUACUGCUAUCGACAAACCAACAUUACAAAGUAAAAUCAAAGGAACAUUUGGCAAGAUUGCUUUUGAAGAAGGUGUUCGUCAAAUUGUUAAUCUUUCUUCCUUGUUCGUAACUGAAAAUGGCAAAAAAGGUAUUAUUGCAUAUGCACAGAUGAUCGCCGAAGAAAAACUCUGGACACUUGCCGAAGAAAAUCCUGAAGAACGUUCACUAGUUGUACUUCGUCCUGGAACAUUUAUGAGCAAUCAUUUGAUGGGUGAUGUACAUCACAUCAAACAUUCAAACAAAUUUGUUUCGUGUGGAUCACCUUCAACACCAUUAGUCUGGAUUGACACUGACGAUAUCUCCGACUGUGCUGUAGUUAUUCUAACUGAGCCGGUCGAAAAACACGAUCGCAUUGUCUAUGAAAUGGGUGCUGAAGUUUUAACCAACGAGGAACGAGCAGCUAUAUUCAGCAAAGUGCUCGAACGACCUAUCGUGUAUGAACAACAAUCGCUUGAGGAUUUUUUCAAAAUUCAAUCUAAGUUUGGUUUGCCUCACGCUUUCAUAUAUGACCGUGCAACGUAUUCUAUGGGUGGUAUGAGAAAAACUACUACUCCACAAUUAGCUUAUGUACUCGGUCGACCUUUAGGUACACUGGAAACAUGGAUAAAAAAGAAUGCUCAAGCAUUCACAUAA